GUUUUGGUUAAAAGAAGCAUAAACAAAAAUAAAUUUUGCAGCAUCCAAUAGUAAUUGUGUUCUUUUGUGCUAGCAAUUCUAACAUUUCGGUAUUUGUGCUAAAUAAUAAUUUAAAUAUGGCUUUACGUUGGGGUAUCGCUUCUGCUGGUAAAAUUAGCCACGAUUUUGCUGUUGCUUUAAGCACUUUACCGGCGAGUGAUCAUAAAUUGGUUGCUAUCGCAGCACGUCAAAAGGAUCGUGCAGAGGAAUUUGCUAAGUUACAUGAAAUACCAAAUGCAUUUGGUAAUUAUAAGGAAUUGGCGGAAUUCACUGGCGUUGAUGUUGUCUACGUUGGUGCCUUAAACCCUCAGCAUUUGGAAAUCGCCUCACUUUUCAUCGAACAUGGUAAACAUGUUUUGUGCGAAAAGCCGUUAUGUAUGAAUUACAAGCAAUCCAAGCAGCUGAUUGAUCUUGCCAAAAGUAAAAAAGUUUUCCUUAUGGAAGCUAUCUGGUCACGUUUCUUCCCUGCCUAUCAAUAUGUACGCCAACAAAUCAAAAAUGGUGCCUUGGGUGAAAUUAAGGAGGUCGAAGUUGCAUUCGGCUUUAAUUUGGGCGGCGUAGAUCGUUUAACCAAAAAAGAUUUGGGCGGCGGUGUAGUGCUCGAUUUGGGUGUCUAUACCAUACAAGCAUCACAAUGGGGCUUCCAAGAAGCGCCACAAAAAGUUAUCGCCAAAGGCGAACUCAAUGAAGAAGGCGUGGAUCAACAUAUAGAAGCCGAAUUACAAUAUUCAGGCGGACGCGUGGGCAAAUUGAUCUUUAGCGGCAAGCAGGAGUUGGCGAAUAAAGCAAUUUUCAAGGGUACUAAGGGUGAAAUUACUUUGGAAAACUUCUGGUGUCCUACAAAAUUGAUUGAUGUCGAUGGCAAGGAGAAGGAAUGGCCAUUGCCCAAAGCUAAGCUCACUACCAAUUACCAAAGAUCCGAAGGUUUGCGUUACGAAGCUGAGGCUACACGUCAAUCAAUACUCAAAGGCGAAAUUGAAAAUGAAAAUGUUUCGCACAAAGAUAGCUUGAUCAUUGCCACAAUACAAGAUGAUAUCAGGCGCCAAGUUGGUGUUGUCUAUCCAGCGGAUAAGGAAUAAAAUGUUGAAAUUUAUUUUUAGUAUAUAAAUAUGUACAUAUGUUUAUAGAUUUUUGCAAAAACAUGAUAAUUAUUAAAUGCAUAGCCAACCAAGCAACUGGCGUAAAAUAGUUGUGAUGAUAACC